UGCUCGAAGCGAUUUUCAAGGUUCAGGUAACGCUGGCUUCUUCUAUUGCCGCUGCUGCUAUUUAAGGUGCAACAUGUCAUUGAAGCAAGCGCGUGCAUUACAGUGCACACCACGUAGUUCUCGGAGUUCGGAACUGGGCGAAUUUAGUUUUGUGCCAGAAGCCAUGCAAAGCCUAACGGCAAUAUCGGAUGUAGAACAUGAAAAAUUCAAGCAGUGGCAGCACCGCUAUUUGAACAUUCGAGACUUCACUCAUUCGAAUAUGUUACCGAAAUUGUGCCAUAGACUCUAAUGCUGAACUUUAUUAUCCUUAAUAAGCCAGUCGAGUAACAACGACCACUGAAUUCAGACGUUUUAUACCAAUUAUUUCACAACGGGACCCCCGAAUCAACGAUAUCUGGCUAUUAUUUAGACUAAUCUAAAACUUAGCUAUUAAAUCUAAAUUGAUUUAGAACAUACUUUAUUCACAGAUGUUCGUGCAACUACUAGGUGCAGCUACUGCAUACGUAGCCAAAAAAUCAAAAGCUUUACGAUUCGUCAUAAUUAAUUGUGGCGCGAAAAUUUAAAAUAGUGAGGAAGGGUGAAGCACUUUAUUUAUUUACGCUAAAAGAAGCAUUUUUAGGCUGAUAAAAAUUUGGGAGAAGUCGAUUUUGUCUAUUCUGAGGUAUCAACAAUGCAACAUGAACGACGUUCGACAACGUAUAGCCCUACACGGAGCCGAAAAAGUACACGACAGAGCGUUGAAGUAAAGAAUUCUAAUCAAGUGAUUAUUAAGCAGAGACAAAAGCGGAGUUUACGGAAAUAUCCGAUAGAGUAUGAUAAAAGCGUAAUGAAAAGAGAAAAAGCAGGAACAAUUCUAGAGAUCGCACAUUGGCCAUCUAUUAUUUUAUAACAAAUGCUUUAUUUCACAGUUUUGGCGAACCCUCAAACCGCCACACAUAAAAUGAUUGUAUACAUUGCAAGACUUGCAGAAAAUGUGACGUUCAUUUGGUACUUCGAAAAAUAACAAAGUUGUGGCAUACAAAUAUUUUCGGCGCCUUUCUAUUAUAACUGACGGGAUACAACAAAAACUAAGGAUGGCUGGUUCAAACGGAACAGAGGUUCAAGAAACGCCACUUCAAGAGGUGAGUUUAAUAGUGGACACAUCGUCUCCAGCUACAAUAAUCAAAGGAGUACGAGAAUUGACUGCUCACGCCAAACCCCAAUGGAGCCAUGAAAAGCUUAUCGUUAAAACCCUUACGGGUGGAACAACGAAUAUCCUCCUGAGCUGCGAUGACCCCUCUACAAACGAACGGAUACUCGUUCGAAUCUAUGGGUCCAAAACGGAACUGUUUAUUGAUCGAGGCGCUGAGGUUCGAAACAUGCGUUUACUUCAUGCACAUGGUCUUGCCCCUAAAGUUUAUGUCGCCUUUCGAAAUGGCAUUUGUUAUGGCUACUUAGAGGGAAAGGUCUUGGAUGUAGACAAGGUGAUCCAACCAGAUAUCACAGCGACAAUCGCGCGGCAAAUGGCCAAAAUGCAUGCAAUUCCCAUCGACCCACAGGCAAAGGCUAAGAUCAUUCCCAUGCUGGAACACUAUCUCAGUCUUGUGCCCGCGGAUAUUUUAGCGGCAACAGAAAAAAAACUUGAAUCCGAGUUCGGUAAAGAAAAGGUUCACGUGGCAGAAGAGAUAAAACGGUUGAAAGAGGUGUAUGAAUCACUUGAUCAAACAGUUGUCUUCUGUCACAAUGACCUUUUGUCAAAAAACAUUCUUCUGGACGGCGACCGAAUACACUUCAUUGACUAUGAAUACGCAUCCGCCAAUUAUCAAGGAUUCGAUAUCGGAAACUUCUUUACCGAAUUCGGUGGACAGGAGGGCUAUGACAGAAAGCGGUAUCCUACACGCGAAUGGCAGCUCCCGUGGAUACAACAAUAUCUAGAGUACUACCGUUCUUUUAAAGGCCGAAAGCCUCCAACGACUGCUGACGUUGACCAAUUGUACGUGUUCGUGAACAAAUGCGCUUUAUCGUCCGCCAUUCUCUGGGGUCUAUGGGCCCUUAUACAGGAGGCACAUUCAACUAUUAACUUUGAUUUUAAUCGAUUCGCUAUGGACCGAUUGGGAAUGUACUUUGCUAAACGUGACGAGUUUCUUAGUUUGUAGAUAUAAAGCAUAUUUGUAAAAUUGUUACCCAAGAAGGCAAAGUAAUUCGCCAGCGCCGCCAAGAAAAAUGUUAAAAAACGGAGGUAAACAAAAUGAAAAUAGAAUUUAUGAUGACAUAUGUAUUAAACAGGAAGAUCAUUUUUAGAAUCGUGCGCUGAGUGAAUAAACGUAAGAAUAAACGUUUCAUUUACUAUCGAUUUAAUAUGCCGCAGCAUACUAGCGCGUGGCUUUUUAAAAACCAAUAUAUAAUAUUUGCUUUGAGAUUAAUAUGGAGAGGCCCAUAUCCAAUUGUUAUGACUCGAUCUUAAAAUAUUUCUCGGAAAAACCAACUACGUACCUUUAACUGCGUUGGAUGUUAUCUGUUGUAGGCGCAGCACAGAUAAGUUUUUCAGAAACCAAACUUUCAACCCACUUAUACAAGAAUCUUGAACAACAAACAGCUUUUAGCUGACAUAUCGGCCAUUUUACUCCGCUCUGUCACUUAUAGCAUCGUCGGUGUUAAAUCGCCGUAUGCCAAUGUAACAUAUAUAGAAAACGUGAUAAGUACUACAACAAGUUGUCUACGAUAGUCCUUGAGAAAAAAGCGCAUAAACAGUUGUAUGUACUCACUGCAGCGGGCACUGCGGCCCUGAGAUAGAUAGAAGUGCUAAAUUUUCUGCAUAUUACCACUAACUUAGUUAUUCCCUUAAUAUUCCAGUACUAAGAAGCGACUAAAUGGUGCCUUCGGAACUAAUAAAUAGAAAACGAGGUCGAGCAUGGA